AUGGCCCAAGUCCAAGGCCAGUGCGACCCGCGCUUCGAAAAGCUCAAGGCCCUGCUCGAGGAGAAGAUCGCCAGCGGCGCCGAGCUGGGGGCCUCGAUGGUGCUCAACAUCGGCGGUAAAGUGGUGGUCGACAUGUGGGGGGGAUGGUUCGACGAAGCCAAAACAAAACCUUGGGAGUCGGACACCAUCACCAACGUGUGGAGUUCGACCAAGACGAUCGCGAGCUUCGCGUGCCUGCUGGCCCACGAGCGCGGCUUGUUGAGUGUCGACGACCCCGUGGUCAAAUACUGGCCCGAGUUCGGGGCCAACGGCAAAGAAAAGGUCCUGGUGCGCCACUUCAUGUCGCAUACCUCGGGUGUGUCGGGGUGGGAGAAGAAGAUGACGGCCGAGGAAAUCAGCGAUGUGCCUCGCGCCACGGCGCUGCUGGCCGAGCAGGCGCCCUGGUGGGAGCCCGGCACCGCCAGCGGCUACCACUCGGCGACCAUGGGCCACCUUUUGGGUGAAGUCAUCCGGCGUGCGACGGGGAAGGGCAUGAGGGAGUUUGUCCGCGACGAGAUCGCGGGACCCCUGGGCGCUGACCUACAGAUCGGGGCGCUCGAGAAGGACUGGCCCCGCGUCUCGCCCAUCAUCCCACCACCACCCAUGCCGUUUGACUUCUCCAAGAUGGACCCCAACAGUCCCACAGUCAAGACGUUCGGCAACCCGCCCAUGGACGCGACCAUCGCGUUGCAACCCUACUUUCGCCGUGCCGACAUGUCUGCCAUCAACGGACACACCAACGCGCGGGGUCUGAACCGCAUCCUCUCCGCCAUCCCCAACGGCGGCUCCGUCGAUGGCGUCAAGCUGCUCUCCCCAGAAACCAUCGAGCUGAUCUUCCGCGAACAGUCCAGCGGCAAAGACCUGGUCAUCGGCUUGCCCAUACGCUUCGGCAUCGGCUACGGUCUCGGUGGCGGCGCCACGGCAGAGACCGUCACCUGGAUGCCCACGGAGAAAAUGUGUUUCUGGGGCGGAUGGGGCGGUAGCUUGGAGAUCAUGGACCUCCACCGCGGCGUCACAUUCACAUACGUCAUGAAUAAGAUGGGCGAGGGGAUCAUGGGAAAUGAUCGAUCUAAGGAGUAUGUCGAGCUGGUGUGGAAGAUCCUGAAGGAGGAGGCUUGA